AUGUCGGAAAAACCCGAAUUCAUACUAGACACCUCCCAGGUUGCAGAGGGAGACCGUAAUAUGGACACAAAAACACUACGGAGGAAACUCUUGUGGAAGCUCGACACCAGGAUACUCCCCCCACUGGCCCUUCUCUACCUCGCAAACUUCGUCGACCGAUCCAAUGUCGGCAAUGCGAAGAUCCUGGGCCUUGAAGAGGACCUCAGUCUAGCAAACCACCAAUACGCAAAUGCCCUCGCCGUCUUCUUCGUCUUCUACGUCGUCUCAGAGCUCCCGUCAAACCUCAUUCUCAGACGAAUGACGCCUAAAUUCUGGCUUCCAUUCUUGGUAUUCCUCACAGGCAUCAUCGUGAUGUGCAUUGGCUUCGUCAAGACAUACGCCCAGUUCAUCGUUGUGCGCGCCUUGCUCGGAACAGCAGAGGGAGGGUUAUAUCCCGGCUCGCUGCUCUUCCUGUCUACAAUCUACACGCGCGAAGAACUGGCGCUGCGCGUGGGGAUAUUCUACUCCAGCGCGUCACUAUCCGGUGCCUUCGGGGGCCUUCUCGCGCGAGGCCUUUCGGCGAUCCCAACGACGUCGAUUGUAUACGGGAGCUGGCGGUGGAUUUUCAUCGUCGAGGGGAUCAUCACCUGUGUUAUUGCGACGGGGGCGUACUUCCUCCUGCCGAAUUCCGUGGAGACGGCGUCGUUCUUGACGGCUGAAGAACGGGCGUUUGCUCAGGAGCGGUUGAAGGCGUCGCAUCAGUCCCCCUCCUCGGACCAAGAGCAGGAUCAGGACCAUGAACGGUUUCGCUGGUCUGAAGUCCGCCGGGGGAUUCUUUCAUUGCAGCUGCUUCUCACAGGGACCGUGUACUUCUCCAUCUGCUGCGCGCUGUUCUCCUUCAGCCUGUUCCUGCCAUCAAUCAUCCAAUCCCUGGGCUAUACCGCAAACGAGGCACAGCUGUUGUCCGUCCCUCCCUACGCCGUGGCAUCGAUAGUAGGCGUGGUCGUAUCAUUCAUAUCAGAUAGGCUGCGCGUCCGAGGAAUCCUCAUCCUAGUCUCCCUCCCGCUCGCAAUCAUCGGAUACGUCCUGAUCGCGCGCGUCUCCAGCGACGUGACAAAAUACGGGCUUACGUUUCUAAUGGCCUCGGGGAUCUACGGGUCCGUUCCGCCGCUGUUGGUCUGGAUACUGAAUAAUUCUGCGGGCCACUAUAAGCGGGCCACGGCCGGCGCGAUGCAAGUAUGCAUGGCGAACUGUGGCGGGAUUGUUGCGGCGUUUCUGUAUCCGAAUGCUGAGAAGCCGGGUUAUGUCAAAAGCCAUACGAUUAUUCUGGGGGUUCUUUGCUAUUCGUGGAUUUGCGUUCUUCUCAAUGUAGUGCAUGUGUGGAAGAUUAACAAGGACAAGAAGGAUGGGCAGUACGAUCGGUAUAUUGGAUAUGGGGAUGACCGAGAGCCGUCCUUCCGACUGGUGCUCUGA